AUGAAGACAUACGCCGUCGCUGCAGCCAUCCUCGCUGCCAUUGCCGCCCCCGUGUUGGCCCAGGACAUCACCACCUUGCCUGCAUGUGCUCAACAACCCCUCCUUGAAGGCAUCGGUGCUUCAGGAUGCCCGCUCACGGACAUUGCCUGCAUGUGCAAUAACCAGGCGUUCAUCGACAGCCUCUUGCAGCUGAUUCCCACGCUCUGUACUCCAGCCGAGUCCGACGAGGUCGUUGUCUUCGCCGAAAGCAUGUGCAUUGCUAACGGCGUCGAGCUGCACUUGCCCAGCAGCGCUUCCACCGAUUCUGGCUCUGUCACCGCGACAGCCACCGCCACUGCCACUCCCACCGAGACGGCCGUCUCUACAGCCUCCUCGGCCUCCUCGGCCACGGUCAGCGAGAGCAGUGUUUCCAGUGAGACCGUCGUUUCCAGCGAAACCAGUGCCGCUGCGACCACUUCUGCGGCAGCGGAGACUUCUGCUGAAGAAGAACCCGCGGCUACUUCGUCCAGUGAGGUUGCGCAGCAGACUGACAACGCUGCCGUGGCUAAUGGCGUCGGGUUGCCCGUGGUUGUCGCUGUCGCUGCUGGCUUGAUUGCUGCUCUCUGA